AUGCUCGGCUUGGUCCCAGCGCUCGCAGCACUCGCUGGUGCCGCCUCCGUCGCGGCCCAGGCCAACCCCAACGCCCUGUCAUGCUUGUCCCAAACGUGGUGGGACAACUACCCUGACGCGAAUAAUGUCAGGCCCAACCUAUUUCCCAAUCCCUCAUACCCAGACUCCUCGGCCGGAUGCGAGGCCCUGUGCGGAGACACCAACACCGAACGCAGAGGAUUUGCAUUCUACAAACCGGGAUUCUGCUCCUGCUCCAAUUUGUUCUCGGACGGCCAGUUCUACAACGAGGCGACGGACACUGUUGAAAACUACCUUACGGACCCUGUCGACGCCUACGGCACUUGCGACGCCAACUCGAUGACAGUUUUCUGGUUGAAUGAUCCACCCGAGUGGUACCCCUUCGACAAGCGCUUCGCCCCCUUCACCGUGUGCAUGAACGAACCCCUACCAUCAGAGAGUAUUUUCUACUACAAGGGUAACUUUCCUGAUUACUGCUACUUCCCCUGCAAGGAGAGGGGGGGGAACAGCAUGGCCAUGCGGCUGGUCAACUUUGACCCGGGCUAUGGAAUGCCCCAGAACAGCACCACCGACUGGAAUGUGGUCAUGGAGUGCCAGUGCUUCGUGACGCCCCCUGGAAGCCCGCCGCCUGCCGCAAACGGAAACUGCAAGUACGACUCGUACUUGUGGUACAACUCGGACAUCGCUGUCUCCCCGAGCACGGUUGCGAUGCGGCGUCGCCGGUCGAAGGCGAUGCCGCAAGAGCGCCUGCACCGCCCACACACCGAGAGCGAGUACCAUCUCGCGCUGUGCCCGCACCCACGACGCGCCUGUACCGUCCCUGACACGAAUGCGUACGAGUGUGUCGACACGGCCGAGGAGCUCGAGUCGUGUGGCGGGUGUGUGCACGGCGAGUAUGGCGUCAUGGCCAACGUGACCAUGUUUGGGCAAGAUUGCACUGCUAUUCCCGGCGUGGCAGAGGUCGCAUGCGUGCUGGGAAACUGCGAUGUGCGGUCGUGCCAGCGCGGCCUGACGCUCAAGAACGGGGCGUGUGUUAGAAAUUAG